CAGACGAGUCCUCAGUCUUCCUCUGUUUGGCAGUCUGCUUCUUUCGCAUCUUAAAAAUACAAAACAAAGAACAAGUAUGGCCCAGGGUUUCCAGUGCUAGUGGCCGCUGUGAUGGGUUCUGAGGAUCACAGUUCCAACAUGUCGCAGAAGAUCUCGUCUCUGUCUCGUAGCAAUAGCAGCUCCUCCUCCAAACAUGACAGCAGACAGGACAGCUGGGAGAUUGUGGAGGGUCUGAGAGGGGGCUACAGUAACAUCCAAGAGCCACAGAAACAGGAGGGCUACCUGCACAAGAGGAGGAAGUGGCCCAUGAAAGGAUGGCACAAGAGAUACUUUCUGUUGGACAAGGGCAUCCUGAAAUAUGGAAAGUGCAGCGCUGACAUUGAGAAGGGAAAACUGCAUGGUUGUAUUGAUGUGGGUCUGUCGGUCAUGGCUAUUAAGAAGAAAGCCAAGUGCAUCGAUCUUGAUGCCGAGGAAAACAUCUAUCACCUUAAGAUAAAGUCCCAAGAGCUCUUUGACGAAUGGGUCUCCAAACUGCGCCACCAUCGAGUGUAUCGGCAAAACGAGAUUGCCUUGUACCCAAACGAGAAGACAUUUUUCUCCCCACUCUUCCCCUCCCCCACAUCCACCAGUACCACAGAGAGUGCCUCCAUCAGAAAGUGCAUGUCUCUACGCCGACAGUCCACGGUGCAUUCUCCAGGAGCCUUCCCCAUAGGAUGUAACAGUCAGGCCAAAGUCGCAGCCUGGCUCCAGUCGUCUGAUGACAUGGACAAGUGCUCCAAAGACAUUUCCGUGUGUGAGGCCUACCUGCUGGAGCUGUCUCACCUGUUACAGAGCAUGGAAGUCCUUCACCGUACUUACUCUGCUCCAUCCAUCCAGGCUCUACAGGCAUGUACAUUUGAAAGCCCCAAAAAAGAAAAAAGACUCCCAAGAAAAUGGCGUACAAAAAACUACAACAAAGACGUCAAAACAACAUUACAGGUUCCCAGCUGCAUCUCCUCUGGCUCAAUCCGCCUUCAUGCUUCAAAUCCAAACCUCUCCACUGCUGCUCUGAGCAACGACAAAGGCGAAACCGAGUCUCUAGACUUUAAUGUUGAUGUAGCCAAGCUCCAGGAAGACUUCUGUCGUGUGGCCACCAACUUGCACACUACUAUGAAAUCUGCUUUAACUUCUCUGACAUCGGAAAGAGAGCGGUUAAGACAAUGUGUGGAGAGUGAGACGUGCCCACCUACGUCCCCUCAGGUGGUUGGUCUGAAGAAUGCCUUAUCAACAAAACAGGAGUCCAUGGAUGACUCCCAUCAUCUCGUGCACCAGGUUUCCAAUGAGAGCCGGGCCUCCAUCGCUGAAUCUUUGUCUGAGUUCUUCGAUGCGCAUGAAGUGUUGUUGUCUGCAAGUUCCUCUGAAAAUGAGGUGUCUGAGGAUGACUCAUACAUUAGCGACAUCAGUGACAAUAUUUCUAUGGACAACUUCAGCAAUGAGACCGAAUGUGAAAGAUCAAGUUCAGUUUUGGUGGAAAAUGGCAUGUACCAGCGCAGAUCCUGUCUGCCCUCCCCCAGUCCCAACAAC